AUGUCGACUCGCCGACCACUCGCCAACGUGCCUAAUGCCACCAAUUCCCCUCACAGGCUGGGCCUCGUGCCUGCCAAACGACCCCGGACUAACACACAGAUCGAUAUCCCUUACGGCCAGCCUCCUCCGAAAAAGCAGAUUGCUGACGCGGCAGAGGAUGACCGGUCCCGCGUGAGCGCGGACUCCAGGUUAUUCUCGCGACGACCAAACAAUGGCCAACCCAGUGCAUUCGAAAGGAAGCUGGUAGCGGUCAGAGACAAGGAGCGUCAGGCUCAGACUCGGGGGGCGAGACACGACAAGCCGUCUGCCGAGACGAUUGAUUCGAUCAGGCAAUGGCAGAGGCACUACCGGAAGGCCUUUCCCCAGUUCGUCUUUUAUUUUGACAGUGUCUCGGAAGAUGUUCGGAGCAAAUGCUCGAGACAGGUCACUGCGUUGGGAGCGCGAGAGGAGAAAUUCUUCUCCCGUCUAGUCACCCACGUCGUCACCUCCCGCCAGAUCCCUCCAGAAAAUGAAUCGAACAGCCCAGCGGAAGCGAAUACCGAGCCGACAGAACAGGUCACGGUCGAUGGCACUCUACAGACGGUCAACCCGUCCCUACUCGAGAAAAAUGCCGAUACGCACCUCCACAUGUCCCUCAAAAAUGAUGCACGACGCGAGCAGACAUCCAUGGAUGUUUUGCACCGGGCUCGCCGGAUGAAGAUGAAGAUAUGGGCCUUUGAGAAAUUGCAGCGGAUGAUUACUACGAUCAACGAUGGAGAUAUCGGGGGCACCGGGCAGACCGUGCGAAACAAUGUUGCAGGGGGCGGGUAUGUGAGGAACAGGGGCGACAACGACCUUUCACAAGUGCUCCAGAACGAGCUUCACGGCUCGUCGGAGCGCAACCCGCACAGUGUCUUGAAGGACCUGGUCAUGUUCAAAGGCCCGUUUGUUUAUGUCCACGAUAUGGAUGAAAAGACGCGUCCUGUCAUGGUUCGGGAUUAUCCUAAAGUCGCCAAGCGUCAAGACGGCAUUUGGCCCCAGUUCAGGAGUGCACCGUUAGGGAAGUGCCCGUUUAUCGAGGAGCCCCCUGCCAGGAAGGACACUGAGCGACAAAGGCCGCGCCAACAAGACCGGGAAAAGAAACCUAUUCCCAAAGCUAUUCCGGCCCCGGCAACACAGAAACCCAAACUCAAGGCACCAAGCGCCCCCCCUCCCGCAGAAGAACGAGGUCUUUGUAAAGAGACGGACCAUGGCGAUGUUGAGGAACCCGUCACUCAGGCGAACCAACCAGAGAUCCAGGAAAUACCACCACCAAGGAUGGUGUCGCCUAGGAAGAGCUCCGAGAGCUUUGCCCCCCCGCCGCUGAACCGCACGGGACCCUUUUACCACGGCCGUGAACCCGCCGCCUCUGGUGUGCAGCCCUCCAACAUCACCUCCGCGAUCCGUUCCCAAAUGGUGUCCUCGACUGCUGCAGCCCCCGGGGCAAAGGCUGGUGUCAGCAAGGAGGUUCAUGAGCUCAAGCGAAAGGUACUAGAAAAGGGCACUGGUGGAUUGUCCACGGGCACUGGGAACCCGAUCAGCCGGGGCGCAGACGCGUCGGGAAUGCUUAAGCUGAAUCGGAGCAACCCUUGGCCGGGCAAAUUCAACCCGCCUGAGAGGCCCGGACAUAUUGCGGACGACAAGAACCGGUACCCUGCAGGAAAUGAUAGUCUAAGCCGUCGGCCAUCCAUCAAGCGGACGAGCAGUCAAAAGGAGCGAAGAAGGGAUCCCAAGCCCGGAUAUUGCGAGAAUUGCAGGGAUAAGUUUGAUGACUUUGACGAGCACGUUGGGACCAGAAAACACCGCAAGUUCGCAGCGAACCCGGGGAAUUGGCAUGAACUGGACGCUUUGCUGUUCGAACUCAAGCGCCGGUGA